AUGUGUCAUGCCACCAUUUUGAAACUUGGGUCGUACGAUGUGUCAUGUGACUCCUGCGAGAUUGAACUUUACACGCGUGAUUUUUCGAGAUCCAAUAUGGCAGGCUAUCCCCCACCUGGCGGCUAUGGAUAUGGGCAACCUGCACAGGGCUAUGGCGCUCCACCCCCAGGGCAACCCUAUGGAGCCCCACCACCAGGGCAACCCUACGGAGCCCCACAGCCUGGGUAUGGUGGUUAUCAACAACCAGGUUAUGGUGCCCCACCCCCAGGGAUAGACCCCCAGGUAUACCACUGGUUCACCACAGUGGAUGCUGACAGAUCUGGCAGAAUCACGGUCACAGAGUUACAGCAGGCCCUGACCAAUGCUAACUGGAGCCACUUUAAUGCUGAAACUUGUAGGCUCAUGAUAGGUAUGUUUGAUAGGGAUCACAGCGGCCAUAUAGAUCUGAAUGAGUUCCAGGCCCUGUGGAAUUACAUACACCAGUGGAAGGGAGUCUUUGACAGAUACGACAGAGACAGAUCUGGAUCUAUAGAGUUUAAUGAGUUGCAUAAUGCAUUCACUGAAAUGGGAUUUCGUUUAUCGCCACAGUUCGCUCAAUUAAUCGUCACCAAAUAUGACGUCCAUGCACGAAGGGCCUUGACCUUGGACAAUUUCAUCCAAUCAUGUGUCCUCCUCAGAUCUCUGACAGACAACUUCAGGGCCAGGGACACUACUGGAACUGGAAAUAUUCAAAUUAGUUAUGAGGACUUCAUGUGCAUGGUGAUGCUAAACAAACCGUGAUUGGUGGAUUGAUGCUAAAAACUGGGUCAUGUUCACCUAUUUUUUAUUUUUGGGUCAUCUUAACCUAGUUUUGUCAGUGGUUUCUGUGUCAUUGUCACCAUAUGGAAAUGAUUGAUGAUGAUCAAUCCAUGUUAUUUUUCUCCUGAAAAGAUUUUGAGUUGGUAAACGUAUUUCAAACAUAAAAGGUAGUAUAGUUUUGCAUAUUUCAUCAGCUUUAGGUGUUGGUUUUGAACAGAAACGUCACACGUUUUUUCUUUACAGAGAAUGUGCCUAUUAGUGAAUCUUGUCCAGUUCUAUCUGCAAAACUUUUCUGUCCAAAUGCCACAUUUGUUCAAGUUGGAAGUUCAAUUUCAAGUUGGCAUUACUCUAAGAGGUUGAGUUACAUGAAUAUCAUCUGAACCAUCUUAUGUUAUUAUGAUGGUUACUUAAGAUUAAAGACAAUUUGAGGUGUUAGGUGAAACCUCCUUUUACUAGUCGAAGAUUUCUUCCUAGGAUUAUUUAAGAAUAUCUGCAAUCUGUUAUACAUAUUUUUAUGGAUACUUUGUUUUCUCUGUGGCAUGGCCUAUAUUUAUCUAUUUCCUUGGAAAAAAGUUACUGUAGCCUUACAAGGUUAAAGAAUGAAAAGGUCAUGAAAUGCAAAACCAAAAUUA